AAAAGAAGCUUCAAUUUUCAAUCAAUCAAACUCACCAAGUCAUCAACAACGCUUUCGCUAUGUUAUUACCUAGGAUCUUCCGACCCAUAGCAGCACAUCCAGCGCCUCUCUCUGCAUCAUUGACACGCUUUGCGCUGCCAAUACGGACACGAUGUCUCUCGACGACUAAUCAGCCCAGUGACAGUGAAUCGAUCGAAGAACCCGCCAUCCCUCUCCCCUCAGAGUCUACCGCACCGGAACCACUACUGCAGGAGAAAGCCCCAUUGCCCUACUUUGUCGGAAGGAACAGCCUCAACAGUUUAUCCGUUUACCAUAAGACUAAACGGGGUGGAAACUUGCGAAUUACGCUUUUAAAGAACGGAGAGGGCGACCUACAAAUUCUAAAGAAAGACCUUCAGGAGGUAUUAGAACUACCACAAGGCGAUAUAACCUUGAACGGUACAACAAAUCAUAUUAUAAUAAGGGGCCAUAAGAAGCUGCAAGUUCUCAACUUCCUCUAUGCCAUGGGAUUCUAGAGAUUAUGGUAAAACUCGGAUCGAUGGGCAAGACAACUGGAGGAGAAAAGAGGCUGGACUGUAUGAAUAUGCUAGUUGCGAGAUGAGCCAGCACAAAACAUGCCUCAAGGCAACGAAUUAAACCCUUCGUGGAUCCGGACGGACCAGAGCUUUUCAUCAAAUGAUAAAGCUAGGCGUUUAACAUGUACAUAUGAUUAAGAAUGGUCAUGAAUUCAUAAGCUG